GUUUGCAUGCGUUGGUGUAAUUGUCUGCCUCUGUGAAACCACACCCUUACCUGUGUGCUGGCUGCACCUAUUUUUCUUUGCGCACGCCGAGUGAGUGCAGUGGCAGGGAAUGGGGUUUCAGCAGUAGGAGACAAGGUGGAAAAUAGUCAGAAAGAAACCCUUUUAGUCCUUCCGCAUAUGUUUCUCAUUGAGAACGACUGAAAGGGAAACAUGAAAAACACAGGAGCAGAAGAAGGAGGAGGAGGCGACGGCAGAGACAAUAUUGGCCAAACUGAGAAGAGCCAGAGUUGGAUCCCCAAAAUCAUCAAGAAAAGAGUGUGCAGCACUUUUGUAGAAGAUUCCAUCAGUAAUGGUGCAUUGUGUCAGUGCGGGGCUGCGAGAGAUGACCAUGCCUCUGUGGCUCUUGGAGACUAUUUCAGCACAGCCAUCGUGAACCAGUGGAAAAGUGUGCAGCACUCCUCUGAACGACCGACAGAUGCCUUUGGAGAGGUGCAGUUUGCAGGGGCCAGCAAGAGGCACAGCCAUUUCCUGCGCCUGUCAUGGAGCACUGAGCCUUCUAUGGUGUACACCAUACUGACAGCUCAUUGGCGUCUUCCUCUACCCAACCUGGUUGUUUCUGUUGUGGGCGGAGAGGGAAGGACACAGGUGAAGACCUGGGUACGGGAGGUCCUCAGACAGGGACUGGUGAAAGCGUCACAAAGCACAGGUGCAUGGAUCUUAACUACAGGUCUGCGUGAAGGUGUUGGCAGGUGUGUUGGACAGGCAGUGAGAGAUCAUGCAACUGCAGCUUCUUCAUUCUCGCUCAACAAGGUGGUAGCGUUGGGCAUUGCUCCGUGGGGCCUUGUGGAAAAACGAGAGCAGCUGGUCAACCCUCAGGGAAGCUUUCCAGCAAAGUACUAUGUCCAAAACAUUUCCCGGGACUCCUGCUCCCUGGAUAACAACUACCAGGCCUUCCUCCUCGUGGACGAUGGGAGUGUGGGCCGCAGAGGAGGAGAAACAGAUUUCAGAGCCAGACUGGAGGAAUUCAUUUCCCAGCAGCGCACAGGCAUAUGGGGAAGUGGCAGCAUUGACAUCCCCGUCGUUUGUAUGCUGAUAUCAGGGGAAACAGACAUGCUAAAGAGAAUGGAUCUCUCUUUAAAAAGCUGCAUCCCCUGGCUGGUUCUGGCUGGCUCAGGAGGCUUGGCUGAUUUCCUGAGUGAUAUCUUGGAGAACCGGUCUUCAGCUCCAGCUGUGCCGUCCUCUGGUGAAGGCAACAGUGAGGCUCCUAAAACCCCCAGUGUGGAUCUCAAAGACAGAGUGGCAGAACGGUUUAAGAAGCAUUUUCCUUCAGAGGCACAGACCGACAAACUAGUUGAACAGGCUUUGAGCAUUUACCAGAACAAAGAUUUGAUUACAAUCUACCAAGGAGAGCACGAGAGUCCAAAUGACUUUGACACAGUCCUGCUUAAAACACUCGUGGGAGCAAGUAAGCAGCAAUCAUCAGUUGAUGCCAACCCUUAUAGUGAUGAGCUGAAACUAGCAGUAACGUGGAACAGGGUUGACAUUGCCAAGAGUGAACUCUUCAAUGGAGACAUCCAGUGGAAGUACGAAGAUUUGGAGGACUCAAUGACAGAUGCAUUGAUCAACGACAAGCCCCAGUUUGUUCGGCUUUUCACUGAGAAUGGCUUGAAUAUCCUGGAGUACCUAACUUAUGGCAGGCUGGAAACCCUCUAUCGCUCUGUGCCAGAUGGGACCUUACUCUAUCAGCUACUACAACAGUGCCUAGCAGAGCGGCUGGCAAUAGUGGAGCGUCACUCACCAUCAGAAAAACAGAAUUCAUCCUCAAAAAUGGUGAAAGAUAAGAAUCAAAGUGGACCAGUGAAGGAGGUCACCCUUUUUGAGGUGUCAGGGGUUCUGGAGCUGUUAAUGGGUGAUGUCUGCCAGCCUUUAUACUAUAAAGCUUUGGGCUUAGAGUUCACUUCAUCCAAAAGGACGUCUCUGAGGGCAGGUGAGGCAGUCCUGAGUGCUCUCAGUGGCUGUAAUAUACUCAGAGACUUGUCCAAACUGGAGGAGGAGACUGAAACCAAACUCUCCAUGAAAGAACUGGCCCAGAAGUUUGAGAACCUGGCUCAUGAUAUUUUUAGCUCUUGUUAUCGGAGUGAUGAAAACCGUUCCUUCACCCUGCUAAUUAGGAAGUCUCCAAUCUGGGGUGACACCACCUGCCUUCAGAUGGGCGUGAGUGCCGAUGCCCGGCUUUUCUUCAGUAAUGAUGGCGUACAGUCUCUGCUGUCCCAGAUCUGGUGGGGUGAUAUGAAGAGGAACACAGAGGUCUGGAAGCUCCUGCUCGCUUUCUUCUGCCCCAUCCUCUGCUACACCAACCUCAUUUCCUUCAGGACACAAGACAAUCAGCUGGAGGAGGAGGAAAUGCCCAAUGACGAUGCAGUGGCUCAGGACUCUGACAACCUUUAUGGGACCACCGUCUUCUCUUUCUCUGACAUCAAACAGCAUGAAGUUGACUCAGACGUUCACAAGAGUGAUGCCAUUAAAGGUGUACCUUACCGACCACCACAGCGUCCAUUCAUAGUGUCACGCUGGCGUCAGUUCUGGUUUGCACCGGUCACCUCCUUUUUGGGCAACGUCCUGAUGUACUUCCUGUUUCUCUUGCUUUUCGCCUACGUGCUGUUGGUGGAUUUUGAUCCCCCACCACCCUCAGGCCCAGGUGUUGCUGAGUGUGUGUUGUACUUCUGGGUAUUCACCAUCGUUUGUGAGGAGAUCCGACAGACCAUUUUUUUGGGGACGAUGACUUGGCGUCAAAGGUUCAGACUCUACAUUAAGGAUCUGUGGAAUAAAUGUGACCUCACUGCCAUCAGCCUGUUCAUUAUAGGACUAAUCUGCAGGAUGUUCCACUGGUCAUAUGAAUUUGGACGGGAUGUCCUGUGUUUGGACUACAUGGUCUUCACACUUCGCCUCAUUCACAUUUUUGCCAUUCACAAGCAGCUGGGACCAAAAAUCAUCAUUGUAGGAAAGAUGAUGAAGGAUGUCUUCUUCUUCCUCUUCUUCCUGGGUGUAUGGCUCAUGGCGUAUGGAGUUGCCAAUCAGGCUCUGAUCUAUUCCUAUGAUCCAAACCUGAAUCGCAUUUUUCGGAGAGUUUUCUACAGGCCAUACUUGCACAUCUUUGGACAGAUCCCCGUGGAAGAGAUGGAUGUGGGCAAGAACUGGGAUGUCAACUGUACACACAAUGUGACUUUGAUUGAGAGCGGUGAAGAGCCGUGUAGAACUCAUGAGAGUAACUGGCUGGUAGUGAUUCUGCUAGUCGUAUAUCUCCUGGUCACCAACAUCCUGCUCAUCAACCUGCUUAUUGCCAUGUUUAGCUACACUUUCUCUAAAGUGCAGGAACACAGUGACACCUACUGGAAGUUCCAGCGUUACAACCUGAUUGUUGAGUACCACUCCCGUCCUUCUUUGGCUCCUCCUUUCAUUAUCCUCUCACACAUCAACCUCUUUAUUAAGAGGGUCAUCCGCAAAGUGCCCUCUGUAAAGAUCCACCACUUUGUGUUAGACUUGGAAGCAAAGGCAGCGAACAGAUUAUCAACAUGGGAAACGAUUCAGAAGGAAGACUUCCUGACUGCUCGAAACAAGAUCCAGAAAAGCAGCGACUCAGAAAGGCUCAAACGGAUGUCUGCCAAGGUAGAUGGUGUGCUUAAACAUCUGAGUGAAAGCAGAGACUUCGAACACAGGCUACGGUCUCUGGAGAAUCAGAUGGAGUAUUGCUCCAGUGCACUCAGCUGGGUUGUGGAUACUUUAUCACAAGGAAGCACAUUUAAACCUCCUCGACCUCCACCAUUACGAGAUGCAUUUGCCUCCUCUUCCAGCUCAACUUAAUUUAAGGAUGCCUUAAAUCAAAGAGGACACCUUCACUUCGCUCAAGUUCAGGAAAAAAAACAAAAUUGGAGAACACUCUCUCUUGAGAACUUCUAUCCAGCCCACCACCUUGAUUCUCACUGGACUUAUAUAUAUAUAAAUACUGCACUGAAAAGAGAAAACAUUUUAUCCAGCUAAUGCAAGACACUGUAUGUCUGUGCGUGCGUGCGUGUGACUUGAUACAAUUAAUGCUGUAAAACAUGUUUUAAAAACAUGCAAUGUUUUACAUUUUAUUCUGAUAUGAUGUGAUAGCGUCUAUAACCAGUUACAGUAGGAACACAUUAAUACUUUUUCAGUUACAUUAAAAAUGCCCAAUAUUUGUAUGCAAAUGUACAUACAAGUGUAUUUGGAUGUCUGCAUUUUUAUUCUUUUCAAAUAACUUUCAUACAGUAUAACGAUUCAUUUUGAUGAUAAGUACAAAAGAAUAACUGUAGUUCAACAAUCUUCAAGGACUGAAUUAUUUGCUUUUACAGUAUUCCAGCUAGAAUAAAUUAAUGCAUGGAAUAGGGUUGUAAUAAUUAAUUGUGUAAAGCGAAUAACAGUUAUAAAAAUUCUCCAAGUAUUUUUAUUUAUUUUUUUGCUUUAAUGUUUUGUUUGGUCCGUAACUCUGUUGUCACCAUUUAAAUAGUUUAACUUAGAACCAGAGUCUUCCAUUGCCCACAUGUGUAUAGAUAAAAAGGUGGAGCUGUAUCCAAGACUGAGCUCAGAUUGCUUUAGUAACAUUCAUAAGCAUGAAUAAAAUACACUAAUUACAUUGCACUAACAGUUUUAAUAAAACAAGCUUUUGUUUUUCACAAAUCAUUAAAAGUAUAUUUGGGUCAGUA